UCGUAUAAAACUAGUCGGGGUCCUUUGUUGUCAGAGGCGCGGAGAUUUGACGCAGGUGGUUUCCGCGCUCUGCUCGUAUUUGGAUUGGCAACGCAUUUCUCUUAAGUAUUUAAGGGUCCUGAGAGAGAAACCAUGUCAUUCAACUUUGCACAAAGUUCUACGGGUGGGUUUAACUUUGGAGCCGCUAAAACCACAGCGUCGGCCAGCACAACCCCCGGCUUCUCCAUGCAGACGGGCGGUCUUACAGCAGGAGCAUUCCCCUUCGGAGCGGUGUCGCAGCCUCAGGCCCCAGCGGGAACAUCUCAAAUUGCAGGGCUCCUCGCACAGACCACCACAAGCACUGCAGCCUCACAAGGUGGAUUCAGCUUUGGUACACCAUCACAGAGUAGCACUGCUGGUGGUGGGUUUAAUUUUGGCGGGGCUCCAAAACUAGGUCUCGGCCUGACUCCAGCCUCUCAGCCGGCCACUACAGCGGUGACUUUGGGAGGCCUGAUGACUUCCACCACCUCGUCCAGUGGCUCAGGCUUCGCAUUCGGAGCUGCCCCGACUCAGACCGCAGCUCCAACCCAGCAGAGCACAGGAGGUUUCAGCUUUCCCGGGGCCAAGGUUCAGGCUCCUGCUGCAACUUCAGCACAGAGCACUCCUUCCUUCUCAUUGGGAGGGCAGAGCACAGGUCUGACUCUGGGAGCUCCUGCUCCAGCCCCUGCAGCCUCGUCCAUCGGGAGUAACUUCGGGAUCAAGCCUGCAGCCACCCCAGCUCCAGCCAGCACUGCUGCCGCAAGCCAGGCUGCCUCCAUGUCAUCUCUGUUUGCUUCCCCUAUGCCCUCGGCUACCUCUACCGUAUUCAACUUGGGUGGCUCGACAACUGCGGCAGCCCCAGCAGCAUCGUCUGCAGCUCCAGUCUCCACUGGCCUGACACUCAAACCAUUAGGAGCUGCGACCACCACUGCUGCCACCACAGCUGCCGCUAGUACAGCGGCCACCGCGGGCUUUUCGCUGAGCCUGAAACCUGCCAUCUCUGCUGCACCGGCCGCUUCUAUAGCCGCGUCCACUGCUGCAUUAACUACCAGCGCUGCACCAGUGAUGUCAUAUGCCCAGCUCGAGUCCCUGAUCAACAAGUGGAGCUCAGAGUUGGAGGACCAGGAGAGACACUUCCUGCAGCAGGCCACUCAGGUCAACGCCUGGGACCGCAUGCUGGUGGAGAACGGAGAAAAGAUUACAUCUCUGCACAAGGACAUGGAGAAGGUUAAACUGGACCAAAGAAGGUUGGAUCAGGAGUUGGACUUUAUUCUGUCCCAGCAGAAGGAGCUAGAGGAUCUUCUUGCUCCUUUGGAGGAGUCGGUGAAGGAGCAAAGUGGAACCAUCUAUAUGCAGAAUGCUGAUGAGGAGCGAGAGAGAACGUAUAAGUUGGCAGAAAACGUUGAUGCUCAGCUAAAGAGAAUGUCGCAAGAUCUGAAGGAGAUCAUCGAGCACCUCAACACAUCCAACGGGCUGGCCGACACGAGCGACCCGCUCCAGCAGAUCUGCAAAAUCCUCAACGCACACAUGGACUCCCUGCAGUGGGUCGAGCAGAACUCCGUUCUGCUUCAGAGGCGUGUCGAGGAGGUGUCCAAGCUGUGCGAGAGCCGCAGUAAGGAGCAGGAGAAGAGCUUUCGUCUCAGUUUUCAAUGACUGAACAUUGAAUAAAAAGUGGCGGUAUAUUGUAAAUGAAAAAUCUUUUGUUUUGCUAAUAACUGUUUGAAUAAAAAUGUGUACUUUUACUGUC